UGAACAAGAAAAAUCUAGAAAAAGCUGAUAAAGUGAAAUUAGAGUCUGAUAUCUGUUUUCCUCGUUAAUUUUUCUAUUCUUUUUACUUAAUUUCGUGUCUCUUCCGGAAUUGUUUCUCUUGGCAACACAUAUUUCGUUUUCUAAUUUUCUCUUUUAUUUUCUCUUACAUUUGCCUAAUUAUUUAAAGAAUUUUAUUUUUAGAUUUCCCAAAAUAAAAAUUAAAAUGUCUGUUUUUGGACUUAUUAUAGCUGGUAGAAUGGUUCAGACUGAUUUUACUGCUCUUAAAGAAAUGGAAUAUAUGAUUGAAAUACAGGAUGCUGAAAGCAUUAACCACCUUGUAAUCUUCCUUACCGGACUUUCACCUCUACCUGUCAAUUAUGGAGGAUCUAGUCAGUUGUAUUUUUUAUUGCUUAAAUUUAUUAAAGAAUUAAUUUUUUUAUUAGUUUACAUGAGUUGGACACCAAUUGACGGAGGGGAAAGGCAAUGGAAUUAUCUUGGAUUUAUUAGCAAUGAGAAACCUAGCGCUUUAUUUAAAAUUGGACAGCUGACUAGACAUACACAACAACAAAAUCCUCAAAAUUUUUCUUUUAAUGCUUCCAAUAUGUCUACAAAUAUUUUCAAUAAUUCAGCAGUUCAUAGUGCAUUAAUAGGCGUUAAAGUUGAACCAAUGAUUGAAAUUUUAAGAAGAAAUGAAAAUGAAGAAACUUCAACUAAUGAACAAUUAUCUUCCCUAGCUCUAUUCCCAGAGAAAAUGUUGCGCAACUUUGUCAAUUUUAUGCAUUCAUUUGCUGUCUCCUUCCCCAAACCCAACACUACUCAAUAUGAGGAAUAUGUUCCUGCUAAAAGUGUAACUGAAUGGUAUACAAAUUUUAAAAGAAGGCUUGAAGCAAAUCCGAAUUUUUGGAAAACAUUGCCUUAA